AUGGGGUUCACCGGUGCUCCUGUCAGUCAGGGUCAGUAUCCAGACCACCUUGUAACCCCUAUGCCUCGCUCGAGCUGACGUGAUUCGCGAGCCGGUCCGAGCUCACCGACUUCUUUCUCGUCAACAGGGCUCAUCUCGGUCAUUUGCGUCGCCUCGAUUCUAGCAGCGACCACAUCAACGCAGCACUACUUUGACCUCCCCCUCAGCCCUCACCUGACGCGUGACCAUCAGUGGUGGAGGUUGCUGACCCAUCAGAUCGCGUUCGCCAACUCGUCCGAACUCUUCAUCGCGGCUUUGCUGCUGUAUUUCACUAGCGUACCUGUGGAGAGGUCAUUGGGGAGUCAUAAAUAUGCCGUGAGUCCAAGGUCGCUGUAGGCUGCGUGUGAAAGUCCCCGGAGCUCACGGAUGGCCCACGUCAUCUCCCGAUAGUCGUUCCUCUUUGCGAGCUUCUUCUGGUCGACCCUGCUUUCGCUGCUGCCUCUCAUCUUCUUCUCUCGCUUCGGCCUCAACCGGAUACCGGCAGGUCCAUUCAUCGUCGUUUUCUCCAUACUGUGCGUGCAUACUCACUACCUGCGCUCCCCCAACGUGCUUCUCGCUCACCGAUCUCCGUCCUUGUCUUCCCUCCUCACUCCUCCUGGGGCCCCACUUCCCGAAAUAUCGUGUCGGCGACUUUCGCCCUUCCUAGUGCCCAAUCGAUUCGCCUCAUCCCCACCGUCUUCUACUGGCGACUCUUCGGCAUCGAAGUCACAUCCCGCAUAGCGCUCUACGUCCUCUCCGCCCAAGUACGUCACACUUCACUUCGAUACCCCGAAGCGAAAAAAACGAACGAUGCCUCACUUACCCCCUCCUUCCCCUACCAACAGCUCAUCUUCUCCCAACCCCCCAUCUCCCUCUCCCUCUUCCUGCUCGGACUCCUCACCUCCUCCCUCUACCUCUCCAAUUUCCUCUCCCUCCGAACAUUCCGCCUCUCCCCUCGCGUAGUCACCCUUUCCCAACGACUCCUCACGCCUUUCGUUUCCAACGCCGUGAUCGGAACGGGGAACUUACCGAGUCGAUCAACGGCGACCACGUUGAACGAAGUGAUGAGUUUACAAAGGAGGGCGAACGAACAAGCCGCUGGGAACGCAGGGGGUGGGAUGGCAGGUUUCGUGAGAGGGGGAACUUUUUUACCUUCGGGAACGACCGCGACGACGAAUACCGUUCCGCCAUCUAGACCGGGGGUGACGACGGCGAGAGGGACGACGGUCGGGGCGAUGAAUACGGGUGUCGGAGGGGGUGUACCUACUCCUCCUCCACCAACGACGACGAUAACUGCCGGAUCGAAUACGUUGGGGACCGCCACUCCCAUCGUUCCUCCAACAUCCACAUCUCCAGCUGUGGCGGCUCGGACAGGUCCAAGAGCUUUCGUUCGACAAUGGACCCAGGGGUUGACGGGGGGUACGAGUGCGGCACAACCUACUCAAGAGUGAGUCGGUCCUUCUUCAAAAGAGUUCGAUCAUCCCGGAUUAUUUACUCAUGACCAUCUCGUAUUCGGUUGACAGACAAAUCGCACAUUUGACCGCCAUUUUCCCCGUGCGUCCAGGCGAUGUUUUUCUUCUUUUUUCUUCGAUCCGACCUUCGGACCUGACUAGAGCCUCACUACUAUACCCCAUAGCAUCAUCGACGCGACCUCAUCGUCUCGGCUUUACAAACUAACGAACUGGACGUCGAAAGAGGUAAGUUAAAAGCCGCUCGUAAAGCGCUCCACGAGCUGUGCGCUGAUCAUUCCCCCCCUUUUUUUGAUUGUCUUACAGCCGCGACGACCCUGCUCGCUUCCUGA